UAAAUUGAAAAAUUAAUUAACUAAUAUAAUUAUAGUCUAUAUUUAUUAUUAAUAAUUUUAAAAAUUAAUUGACAAUAAGUGACUAUUUAUAUACUGUCAUAUAUUUGGAUAGAUUAAUGGAUAUGUAACAAAGUACAUAUAUAUCUAUAAAUAAGUGGUUUCGAAGAACGAGGUACGAUAAGAGUCGUGAGUGGUGUGGUCGUGAGGACGACGUCGUGUGUAAUUUUUUUAAACGGCGGAGAGGGUGGUCGGGUAUUGAGAUCCAGGCCCGUAUCCUCCGAACGUAAACAUGGACGCCGUUGAUAUUGAGGAUAAUAAUCAAGUGUCGCACAACGACGAUGACAAUGUGGAUGGGAACGUUGAAAUUUGCCGGGUUUGUCUCCUCAGCAAUCACUUGAUGAGAGAUUUGUUUGGAGAAAAUGACGUUGUUUCAUUAUCUACUAAAGCCAUGAGCUUUGCUAAUGUUAAGAUUCAUCCAGAUGACGGAUUGCCAACUCAAGUCUGUUGCGAGUGCGCUGACAAAUUAGAAUCCGCGUAUGAAUUUAAAUUACAAGUCGAACAAGCUGACAGUUUGUUAAGAGAAAAAUAUGACAGCUUGAAUAUCAAAGAAGAGUUAUUUUUUAACGAAGUCGAAGUGCGUUUGGAAAACGAAAGGCAUGAUGAUGUCACGGACAUGGUUGACGAGCACUACGAAGUAACGGGCAGUGUGUCAGAUGAUAAGACGUCAUUACUGAAAGAUCACUUGGCAUUAUUACAAGUUGAAAAACUUACUCAUCACCAAGAACAAUAUUUAGAAGAUGAAGUUAUGAAAGAUCAAAUAAUGCAAUCGGAUGAACAAUACAUUGAAGACGAGCACACAGAUGAGCAAAUGAUUACUGAAGCUAUUGAGUCGUCAGCAAAUGAUAAUAUAAAACCUGAGUCAAUAAUGCAUGACCAAGACGGCAUUGCUGUUGAAGAACACAAUUACAUUGUACAGCACCAGGACUACACGCUGUCUAAUGAGCAAGAUCAUGAAUUAAUUAACACUGAUAACGUUAAUGAACACGAUGCAAGUGAAUAUUUAUCAAUAAUUGGAGACGAAGAAAGACUAAUUAAAGAAACUGAAAGCCAUUUAGAGAAUGUCAUUGAUGAUGAAAAAAAUAAUUGUUAUAUUAAUGACAAUGAUGAGGUCAAUGAUGAUGAUGAUGAUGACAAUAAUAAAUUAAACACAAUUGAUGAAAUUGAAAUGAGUAAAAAUGAAUGUAAUAAUGCAUCGACAUGUCAUAAUGACAUUGACCCAACAGACCAAGGGUCUGAUGACGAAAACUAUUUUGAAAAUCUUAAUUUAAGCAGCCGAUUAUCACAAACUCAAUCAGUUAAUAAACCUGAUAAUAAAAUUUUCUUUAUGUGUUACAUUUGUGAUCAAGAAUUUUUGUCGAAAGAUAUUUUGAAAGAGCACAUGAACUCGCAUGACGAAGUUAAACAGACGUUGUCUAUGAAAAAAACGCCAGAUAAAGCUACGCAGAAAAAUAUUUCUCCUAUUAAAUCACAACCACCUUCGGGUAAAAAACCUAACAAAUGUCCUUACUGUGGUAAAGAAUAUUUGUAUGUUAUAUCAUUUAAAAAACACAUUAAACAACAUCAAAAAAAUGACGAUGAGUUGAAAGAAAACAUGGAUUCGUUACUUCAGAAUGAUAAUUCUGCGGAUUCAAAUAAUUAUGACAACACUGAUACGUUUGAAGUGAUUGCUGAUGAUAAACAUAAUAUCGAAGAGUACACUGAUAAUGGUAAUGAUAAUAGAAGUAUUAAUGUAGAUAUUGAUCAUCAAAAUUUAAGUAAACAUGGUAAUAAUUGUCCAGAUAUUUUUUCAGAUAAUUGUAACGAAGCUUCAGCUCAUCAGGAUUAUCAAGAUGAUAAACAAAAGUGUAACAUUUGCGAGCUGGAAUUUGACUCGAUGGAUAAAUUAAAAAAUCAUCGGUCGACUCAUGUUAUUGAAGGCGUAAUAACAGAACAAGAUUUAAAAGACGAGCUUGCUAGUAUUUGUCAAAGAGAAUAUGACCAAGAGAAAAUAAUUGAUGGUAAUUUACAAUUGGAAGUUAAAAAGGAAUAUAAUGAACUCAAGUGUCCUACUUGCUUUUUAUUGUUUGGUAGUAAAAAAUCGCUGGCAAAACAUUUAGAGACACAUGAAAGUAUAAGAUACCGUUGUAAAAUAUGUGGUGAUGAAUUUACACAGAAAGACGAUCUUCGUAAGCACGCUGAACAACACUCGCAAGUUAAAACAUUCAAAUGUAUGCAGUGCAACAAAAUAUUUGCCAAUGAACUGACACUGAGAAAUCAUUUGAUAGCAACAAAUCACAAGACAACUGUACACGGUGAAGAAUAUGAUCCAAAUAAAAGAAUUAAAAGAGUGGCAGCACGUGCAGCGCAAAAAAUAAUUGACAAAAUUAGCACUGAAGACAGCCUUGAUGACUCGGAAAGAGAUGAUGACGAUGAUGAUUAUGACGAGUUAAUUUUGAAGAGUGAGUCGGGAGUUAGUGGAAAAACUGGAGAAAAAUCGGUGUCAAAAAAAUUGUUUGGUAAAAGUAAAAAUCUUGAAUGUGAAACUUGUGGCAAGAGAUGUAUUUCUAAGCAAGCGUUGGCUAAACACAUGGAUUAUCAUAUGAGAAAUAUGAAGGCUGAGUCUCCAGAGUCGAAAAAUAAAAAAAAUAAUGAAGUAAAAGAUAUAACUCGUAGUGUUCCUGGAUUUUCUGAUAUCAAUGAUGAUGACGAUGAUGAUGAUGAUGACAAUGAUUUUGAUGGGGGGUUGGACUGGCCAAUGGACAAUCACGAGUGUUCGACAUGUAAGAAAAGAUACAGUACGAAAAAAUCAUUGUUGCGACAUCAGCUUUUACAUGAGGAGCCUAAUUUUGAGUGCGAUAUAUGUAAUGUUAAAUUUUAUCGCAAAGACAAAUUAAAAGCACACUACGAUAAAUGCUCGGAAAAGAAUCCAAAUCAAGUGAGGAAGUGUAAUAUUUGCGGCGAUACCUUUGAGAAUAAUGAUAUUUUACGUGAACACAGAUCAAAACACGUUGACGAGGGCAUACUUACCGAGGAAGAUUUGAAAGAUUUGGAGCCUGGCUCUGAGGACAGAAAGGGAGAGAAAAUAGCGAGGAAGAGACGCACUGAUAUUGUUGGAUUGGAAUGCACUGAAUGUAACAAACAAUAUACGUCACGUAAAGGUCUUCUGAGACAUAUACAAGUGCAUGAAGGUAAAAAAUAUCUUUGCGAUAUAUGUCCAAAGAAAUUUUACCGCCGUGAGCAUUUGAAAAUUCAUGUCGCUAAGCAUAAUAUGAUAAAACCACACAAGUGUCCGCGUUGUUCAAAACGUUUUAUGAAGGAGGAGCAGCUUUCCGCGCACUUGACUAAACACGAGAGAACGUUUAAGAAAAAUAAAGAACCUGACAGUACAUCCAAGAGAUUUCUCUGUGAAAUUUGUUCGAAAAGUUUUACUCAAUCGACGACACUGGUUGCACAUUUGCGAGCUCACAAUGGCAUAAAACCUUAUGUAUGUGAAGUUUGUGCAAGACCAUUUACAACAAAUGCAUAUUUAAAGAUGCACAUGAGAACUCACACACAAGAACGACCGUACACAUGUCAAUUUUGUGCACGUGCUUUCGCGAGAGCUGAUACACUCGCAAAUCAUUUGACUUCACACACCGGCGAGGCCAAAUAUCACUGCAAGUAUUGUCCGAAAAAUUUCCGUCGACUGAAGUCACUCAAAGAGCACGUAUUUAUUCACACUGGACAGCGACCCUAUGCCUGUCCUACGUGCGAUCGAAGAUUUAACAACAACGGAAGUCGCUAUGCUCAUAGCAAAAGAUGCAAGCAGAAUAUGCUGCAGAAUCAAGCCAGACAAAAUCAACCACAAACUUCACAACCUCAAAUUACUCAGCCUCAAAUCACCCAGCCUCAAAUCAGUCAACCUCAAAUCAGUCAGCCUCAAAUCAGUCAACCUCAGAUCAAUCAGCCUCAAAUAAACCAACAGACAAUAGCAAUAGCAUCAGCACCACAAACAGCUACCAUCAGACUGGCACAUUCUGUUGGCCCGACAAUGCAAGUGGUUCAAUCGAAAAAUGUCAAGACAAUAACAAUCACAAGACCUGAAACAGUUGGUACUCAUCAAAUUUUACAACACCAAGAAUUACUCAUGCCACUUAUUUUACCUCUUACUGUUACAUUAACUGAUUGCGAUGACGAAGUUAUUUUACCAGAGGGUACCAAGAUAUUUACCACUACGUAGUGGUAAAAUAAACAUAUAUUUUAUUAAUUAUGUAUCAUGAUAUAUUAUUAUUAUUAUUUUAUAAAAACUAUUACGGAAUUAUUUAAACACAUUUUUAAAAGUUCUCACGGAAUUUAAUGUAAAAAAUAUAUAUACAUAUAUUUGCUGCAUGAAGGCAAUCAUAGGACAUGUCCAGAAAUUCACUAUGGAAGAGACAGAUGCAACUUCUGUGUUCAAAAAUUUUAUCUGGAUGAACCAGAGGAAUAAUUUGAUAUUAGCAGAAAGUGUCCAUGAACUGCGAAAGAGGUAAAGGCAACAUCUGGUAUUGUUCUUCUGGGUUUAAGUAAACCAAGUGGAUGUCUGCUUACUGACCUACGAGAUAAAUGAAUAUCACUCCAAUGUUUUUCUGGGCAUGCUCGUAAUCUUUACUAUAAUUUACAAUUUAACAAAGUUUAUUAUUAUAUUAUAUAUAAUAUCAAUUAUAAUUAGAUUUUUUGUCACAGAACAAUGCUCGUAAAGUCGAGGUCUUGGUAUGUUAUUUAUAAAAUGAUGAUAAUACUUUUGUUUACUUUAAAUUUAAAUAGUUAUAGAAAUUUAAUUGGAGUUUAUAAUUUUGUUUUAUCGACAUAAAUUUAU